UCGACAUUUUAAUACAGAAAGAUUGCAUGUAAUGUCUUUAAUGUUUAUCCAAAUGAGACAUAGAUUAGGUUUGUUUUGGAAAAAGAUGUUGAACUCGGUUUCAAAUUAAUUAGAGUGGCUCUUAACAAUAUAUGCAUUCUUCCAAGCCGAAAUUAAGCUUUAAGUGACAUCUAGUGGCCACAGUUUCAGACCCCUUUACACAGUUGCACAAAGGCUUUCUUUCAGCUGGUGCAGAAUCCAUUCGGUCAGUUUCAUUGGUUAAUGGAUGAACUUUGUUAACGAAGGAAAUCAUUAAUUCAUGUCAUCCACAUAAUGGACUAAAAGUUUAGUUCUUCCUGAUAGAUAGACGAUAACCGCUACCUUGGAAACGGGUGGAUACUAAAAUGUUCCCAUAAAUAGCAGGGAUGUUUAGACUCAUAGCAUCAUCAGGCCUGCAGGUGCUCGCAUCUCUCGAGCAGGUUUCAAAUUGAUUGGGCAAAAGUACCAUUGCUUAAGAUGGAGAGCGCUGUGUUCACCUGCUGGCUCCUUUUUCUGCUGUUCAGCCCAGCUGUUCCCAUGUGUUUACCCACUGACUUCACCCUGUAUGUGGAGAGGCCAGAGUGUAAUUUCUGUGUGGCGAUCAACACAACCAUCUGCAUGGGAUUUUGCUACUCAAGGGACACCAACAUGAGGUAUAGGCUCGGCCCACGCUUCCUAAUCCAAAGAGGCUGUACCUAUGACGAUGUGGAAUACCGCACAGCCAUACUGCCCGGCUGUCCUAUCGACGCUAACCCCGUCUUUACGUACCCAGUGGCUCUCAGCUGCCACUGCGGUGCCUGCAGGACCGACAGCGAUGAGUGUGCGCACAGGGCCAGCGUGGACGGAGCUAGGUGUACCAAACCAGUGAGACGCAUAUACCCGUACCCAGGCCAGAGCAACUACAUGAUCCCUUUCUGAUUCAUCUGUUGUUAUCAGCUUGUCUCUUUCUUUUUCUGUUAAAAAGACCAAGCUGAAACUGCUUGAUUCAUGAAUGUUUUGACAAGACACAAACGUAAUCAUUUAGCAUGCAAUGGUUAUGGUGACACAUCUACACUGCCUGUACUGGUAUUGUACCAGCCUGUUUUAUUGUGCCUUUGUUGCCAAACGUGUCUGUGCUCCAGCUGGCUUCUCCAGUUGCAAUGG